CGAUAGAGAGGGAAGGGCUUGGCCCAGGAGAUACCGCCAGCCGCCUUCGCCCCCCUCGCCGACCUCGAGAGCCAUCAUCCCACGGACCCGCCGCCGCCGCAGCCGCCGCCGUCGAGCACUCGAGCGGAGCAGAGGAAGCGGUGCCAGGGCUUCGGAUCGAGGGAGGAUGGGGAAGUCGAAGAGCAAGGGCGCCAAGUUCGCCGCCGUCAAGAAGAUCAUCAGCAAGAAGACCAUCAAGAAGCACAAGGAGAAGCUGCUGGAGGAGGUGCUGGACCCCCGGAAGAAGGCCGCCGAGAAGGAGAAGCUCGGCCGGAAUGUGCCGCAGGUGUCGUCGGCGCUCUUCUUCAGCUACAACAUGGCGCUCGGGCCGCCCUACCGGGUCAUCGUCGACACCAACUUCAUCAAUUUCUCCAUCCAGAACAAGUUAGAUUUGGAGAAAGGAAUGAUGGAUUGCCUUUAUGCAAAAUGUACCCCUUGCAUCACUGAUUGUGUUAUGGCUGAGCUUGAAAAGCUAGGACAAAAAUACCGUGUUGCGUUGAGAAUUGCGAAGGACCCUAGGUUCCAGAGAUUAGCGUGCACACACAAGGGAACUUAUGCUGAUGACUGUAUUGUUGAGAGAAUUACUCAGCACAAAUGCUACAUUGUUGCCACUUGCGAUAGAGAUUUAAAGAGGAGAAUAAGAAAGGUUCCUGGUGUUCCAAUCAUGUAUAUCACCCAACACAGGUACUCGAUAGAACGACUCCCUGAAGCUACAAUUGGUGGAGCACCAAGAAUCUGAUUAGCUGAAAUACACCGUCACAGUUGCCCAAGUUCCUUGAUUUAGGAUGGACAUGAGUACUGCCGUGCUGAAUCGAGCUGAUUGUAACCACUUCAAAAUUGUGUACCAACCUCUUUAGGGCAUCAUUUUCAUAAAUUUUGUAAGGAACUUUAGAAGAAUGUCUAUCUUUGUCCUUUGUUUUGAGCUGAACUGUAGCCAACUUCCCAGAUUGCUUGGUGUUGUUAAUGUUGCAGACUCAAGAAUAUAUUUUAUGUAAUAUGCAAGUGCCGUCAUAUGGUUCAGUGCUUUGA